AUGUUCCUGGAGAAGUAUUUCCUUGAGAGUGUGAGGCAUGCCAAAGAAGCUGAGUUCAUGCGGUUACACCAAGGAGGGAUAAUUGUUUUUAAAUACGCGAUGAAAUUCAAGAACUUAGCUCAUUUUUAUUCGCAAGGCAUAGCUGAGGCUUGGAAAUGUCGGAAGUUUGCAGAGGGUCUGAAGUAUGAUCUGAAGCGGGUGGUGGUGCCUAUGGCCAUCACGGAGUUUCCAGCCUUAGUGGUGAAGGCGAAGGAGGUUGAACGGUUGGAAGGUGGUAACCGUGCUGUGAAGAUUUCUGAGGGGCUAGCUGGGUCCAAGAAAGGAGGGAACCAAAGGAAGUCGUAUGAUAGGCCCCAACAACAACAAGGGGGUCCUGUCAUCAGGCAACCUUCUGGUGCUGCUGGUGGAGGGAGACAGGGUGGAGGUGCCACUCUGAGAUGUUAUAGGUGUGUUGGGCCCCACAUGAUUAGGGAUUGCCCGCACACUGAGAGCCAUUGUUUUAGAUGCCACCAGAUGGGCCACGAGUUGGCCAACUGUCCUACUAGAGGUAUUCCAGAGGGAGGUGAUGCUCGGAGGAGUGGUGCCCAGAGAGGCGAUACUCAGAGGGGUGACAGACCCACUACAGCUGGGAGGGUGGAGGAGGAGCUGUUGAUUUCAGCUGGCCAAGCUGAGUCAUUACUGAGAGAUGGGGCAGAAUGUUGUCUUCUGCUUGCUGCGUUGAGUGUUGAGACCGAGCGGGUCAUUUAUGAAAUUGAUGUGGUAAGGGAUUUUGCUGAGGUGUUCCCUGAUGAGGUGCCUAGGUUGCCUCCUAUUAGGGAGAUGGAGUUUAGCAUUGACUUGGUUCCGGGUGCCGGGCCAGUGUCGGUGGCUCCCUAUAGGAUGGCUCCUGCCGAGUUGGUUGAGCUGAAGGGUCAGUUGGAAGACCUGUUGGAAAAGCAGUUGGUGCGGCCGAGUGUAUCGCCCUGGGGUGCUCCUAUCUUGUUGGUGAAAAAGAAGGAUGAUGCUGAGGGAAUUGCUGUUGAUUCGACUAAGGUGGAGUCGGUGUUGCAAUGGGAACGUCCAAGAACUGUCACGGAUAUCAGAAGUUUUGUGGGUUUGGCGGGAUCUGGGGUGCAUGCUAAUGUAAAACAGGAGAGUGGUGGCAUAUGCCUCAAGACAGCUGAAGAAUCAUGA